GUAAUAAAUCGCCCUACUACACACAAACAUCUGUGUAAGUAUCCAAACACAAACCCACACACACAUAUAUAUAUAUAUAUAUAUAUAAAUUUAUAUAUUACGAUAUACACACAUGCAUCUAUAUUUUUAGAAAGUUUCUGCCGCCUUCAUAUCUGUUUUUGGUUCACUAAUUUGACAUUAGUGUGUGUAUAUGUGUAGAAAUAUAUUCAUUAUAUAUAAAUAUAUUGAGAAAAGAAAACAUAUGUGUGUGUGUGUGUAUGCCUGAUUAUAUAAGUAUAUGUAUGUGUUCUGGUCACGGUUGUUUUCUGUAGUCUAGUUGUGUAAGAGACUGAAGGUCGGUCUAUAUCUGUUGCAUAUCCACGAGGGGAGAUAUCUGUCUGGAAGGCAAGAACGACACAGAGAGAAAGAAAGAAAGAGAGAGAGAGAGAAUAUUCUUAGAGAGCAAAAGAGGGGAGAAAUUUAUACGAAUAAACAUAUAAUAAAGAUAGGGAGUAAGAAGAUAGUGAAAUAUUGAAAGAUAGGACACAGGCGUAUAUUUACAUAAACACAGAAAGAAACAUAUAUAUAUAUAUAUACACACAUAUAUAUAUAUACAGAAAAGAGUGUGAGAGCAAUAAAGAGGGAGUAAAAGAGAGAAAAACAUAGAGAGGGGUACUUGGUGAUACCCUGGUUACAAGUGUCCCACGUUGCCUCAGUCUAGCGUCACCACAUACAAACCCUCGUCUCUAUGUAUUUGCGCACAGACAGACAAGGUUAUACACAAAUACACACGCACACACAUGUAUAUAUGUUAGCAUAGCUGUCUGUGUAGACUCAGGUCUUCUUUGGAGGGCCGAGUCACAUGUGUAUGUGUGUGGUAGGGAGAUCCGUCUGAUCGCCUCCCUUCCCCCGUCUCUUGCUCGACAUAACCACUCGUCCCUCGUACAUAGUUGGAAGUCCUUUACAGAUUGUCGUCUCCUCUUCACAUUCCUCCAUCCACCCAGCUGAACCAACCAGACAAACCAAACGAGAUUAUCUCAACAACAACAACAACAAACCAACAAACAGCCAACCGACAACGUCAAGAACACAAACACCAUAGUCAUCACUUUAUAAUACAUACAUACAUAUAUAUAUAUAUAUGUGUGUGUGUGUGUGUUUAAAUUUUAUUACAUGAAAAACUUGGGGAUGGUGGAAUUUUGGAAAAGUCACUCACUCUUUUGACAAACCUUGGCAAUCUUAAAGCUGAAGGAGUUUUCCCCCAGCUUUCUUUCUCUUUCUGACUUCUUCACUUCACUCACUUCUCCUACAUCAGGGGUCGUUGAAAUUUGCUGUUUCAUAUAUAUAUCAGGGUGGAGGUACCCGUCAUAAAAAAAAACAGCAUACCAUCAUCACCAUCCGUUAAAAAAAAAAGAAGAAAACAACAAAACUGACACCCAGUGCUUGUUUAUGGCUUCGGUGGAGAGGUUGUUUGUGUGCUAUUCUCCUCACCCGCCUCCUACUCCUGCUCCUCCUCCUCCGCCACCGCCUCUAUCAUCAUUAUUAUCAUCACCAUCAUCAUCAUCAUCAUCAAUAUUAUCCAUAUGCGUUGUCUUCCUUUCCUUUCUUCUUUCUCACUGAUCUCGUGUGUAUGUGGGAGAGAGACAGAAAAACAGCAUUACUUCGCCAUAAUAUACACACACUGCAACAUUGAAAUCGGAUUUACACAUAGUUAUUAUUAUUGUUGUUGUUGUUAUUAUUAUUAAUAUUAAUAUUAUAACAGAUCUUUCUGACCUCUAACAGAAAAUAAGAACAAUAUCAACAACAAAAUCUUUUUUUUUAAGUUGAAUACAAGUGGCUCUCUUUUUUAUGUAUUUAUAAUAAUUAAAAAAGAAAAAAAAACCCAACAAAUUAUUUUAACGUUAACACAGGAUUACAAGGAGAUUGUUAUCAUUAAUAUUACUAAUUAAUUUAAUUGGUUUAUCUUUUUUAUUUUUUUAUGAUUCCUUGUCCUUUUUGGAUUGGAAAAAAGGAAAAAAAAAGAAAACAAAAACGGAACGGAAACUUGUUUUAAAUUGUAUAAUGUGAGGAGCGAACCCUUGUCUCUUGUUGACAGUAAGAAGUAAUUCACGGGAGAUAUAUAUAUAUAUAUAUAUAAACAUACAAUAACAAGAAACAUAAGACCACCACAGCAGAGUCCACCUUACACCCCUCUACUUUUUUCUCCCCUUCCCCUCCAAUGAUGUAUCGACAGAAUAAGUAUUUGUCAAUGUUUGGAUUGCGCCUGUUUUUACUUCACCUACCCUACAGGGUGCGAAGCAGGUAUGUUGUGGUAUAGGUCUUGUGAAUGAGAAAGAAAAAAAAAAAAAAACAAACUCGCCAACGUCAAUAACUGCUGGCGAAUUAUUAUUAUUAUUAUUAUUAUUAAUAAUAAUAGUAGUUACUAUUAUUAUUUCUUCCUUUAACUUGAUAAUAUGGCAUCGAGUAAAAAGAACACCAACCAUCGUAUGGAGGAUAGCAGUGAUGUCGUGAAGACUGGUUACUUAAAGAAGUUGAAGACGAUGAAGAAGAAAUUCUUCGUCCUACGGGGAAAUAGCAACUCGGGCCCUGCACGACUGGAAUAUUACGACUCUGAAAAGAAAUAUCGUUCAUAUUCAGUACCAAAACGUUCCAUCGAACUGAAUGCUUGCUUCAAUAUAAACAAAAAAAUUGACCCAAAACAUAAACAUGCCGUUUCAUUAUUCACCAAAGAUGACUGUUUCUCCAUCGUAGCUGAGAAUGUCGAAGAUCAGGAUGCGUGGUUAGAUUGUCUUCUAGAUUUACAGAACACCCCCUAUCAUUUUGAAUAUGUCUGGCAGGUAACUGUGAAACCUAAAGAUCUUGGUGCUACCAAAAACAUGACAGGUCAGUUCCGGCUUUGUUUAACGAACCAUGAAAUCAGCUUGGUACGACUCAAUUCAGGGGUUCCUGAAGUCACAUUCCAACUUGGUUAUAUUCGACGGUGUGGCCACCGAGACUGCUUAUUUUUCAUGGAAGUGGGACGUCUCGCUCCAACAGGACAUGGUGAAUUGUGGAUGCAGGUGGAGGACCAAGCCACAGCUCGCAAUAUGCAUGACUGUAUUUUAGGGGAGAUGAAGAUGCCCAUCAGCAGCUCGGACAGUGGAAAUUUCCGGAACCGCAGCAGCAGUAGUUCUGGUAAAACAGUUGUCAUGCCAACUUGGAGUAAUAAUGAACAUUCCUCAGAAAGUAUCUCAAUGUUUAGUUCUGAUCAGUUCCAGUUUAACAGGUCCCGUACGGUUAGUGAAGGGCAACAGCUCAGUCCUCGAAAAAAUCGAAUAAUUCCUCUUGGCAACGAGAAGAUGCGUCCUCAGAGCAUGUACUAUAAAUCUUCCACCCUUUCAGGAGGCACAUCUGCUCUCAGUUCCAGUCCCGUCAGUCAUUAUGACUACUACCCACAUGUAGGACACAGGUUACGUUCUGACAGCACCGAAUCCCAUGGAUCUCGUAGCAGUUAUUCCGCUGAAAGUUGUGCCUCAAGUCCAGCUGUGGAAAUUCCUAUUGGGUCUUACCGUUGUCGCAGUAGUGUCCCAACACCAGAUAGUUUACGAGGCAGUUAUAUAGAAGACUACGUCCCAAUGCAUCCUGGUGACCAGUCCUCUACUCCUUCAACACCUGAACAAUAUGGUUCAGCUGGUUCUAACUGGGGAGAAACAGGACAGUUUGAAAAUUAUAUUAACUUCCAACCGAGUGCAUCUACCACAGCCUCUGAGAUGACAGAUAGUUAUGAUGCAUGUAUGGACCUAUCACCAGGCUCACAGAAAAGUGAACGAGACUAUGGCGGUGAUGUAAGUUCUUAUGUGAUGAUGGAGCCAGGUAAAGCGGUUUCUGUGCCACAGCCGACACCUCAACAGCAGCAACAACAACUCUCCCCUCAGGCUAGUAGCCCAGUCAAUGAUGCUCCCUAUGUUGAUAUGGGGCCUACAGGCACAAGUUUACCCACUGUUAAAGAAAGUGGAAGCCCAGAAGAACAUUAUCUCCAAAUGACUCCACCUGGCCACAGUCCCAAAGGUAGCAGCAGCUUACGUCCUAAUCGUGGUCACAGUUAUCUGAUAUCUGAUGAGACUAUAUCUGUUGAGAAGGAUAUACCAAAACGUUCUUAUUCAGUUGGAUGCAAACCUCAACCAAAGACGGUGUUGAAGCCACAAGGUUGUGAUGCAAAACUAGCUAUGUUAGGAAUGAUGGAUAACAGUCGAUGUUCCAGUGCCCCACACCUGAUCUCACAGAAACAAAAGACCUCCAACACAUCAUCCAAUCACUCACUUCCUUCCAACAGUCCACCUUGUGGCUCAUACAAGUCGGAAGAUUCUGAUUUUUCCGAGUUGGAAUUUGGUCGUCCUCGCACAGCUAGUGAUAGCUAUGGAUGCAGGCCAAGAGCGUCCAGCUUGGGAAAAUCUUUGACUCAGGGUCAUCGUCCAAGAUCGUCUAGUCACAGCUCAAGGUGCUUUAAACGGAGCUCUUUUGAAUCGGUAAGGACUACUUCAGAAGAACUUCUUCGCAAAAUGUCCCAGGAAUCUUUACAAAAGGAUCCUUACUCGUUAGCUUUCUUACCUGGCCCUGAUGGCACACAUUGGAAAUACCACAGUAAAAAGAACAACGAUGCCAUUGAGAUGGGGAAGAAUAAAGGGGGAAUGUCUAAAUCUUUUCACGCACAUCUUCCAGUAAAUUCCAUGUCAAAUGCAGGUGGGGAAAUGUCAAAUUACCUGGAGAUGACUGGUUUCUCAUCCAGUCCAAAACAUUCACCUGUGUGUGAUGUAAUUAAUAUGAAAACUAACUCACCCGUGAUGUCAAUGAGCCUGGGAGAAUAUUCCAGCUGUCAAUGUUACCCAUUUGAUAAGUAUUAUGGACAAAGGAAACCUGAUCACUCUCUUAAACCAGGACCUGUUCCUGACAAGGUAGUUUCUCAUAUAAAAUCUAAUUCUGAUGAUGAAUCAGACUCAGGUAGUAAUAGUUGGCACAAAGAUGUCGAUCGGUAUGUACCAUGUACGCACUCAGGGUUUUCAGAAAGGCUAAGUCUACGUUCUAAAACUGAGCGGGUCCCAUCUGAUUUGGGUGUUAGACGCACAAAGAGUGUCUCUCAUGAUAACAGGUCUCAGGCAAUGGCAACCCUUCGUAAGCAGGAAAGUGCUGGGGAUCCUUAUUUUAACAUGGAUUUUCCCAAACCGAUCAGGCCCCCAUAUGAUGAAAGUAACAUUUCCUGCCCUACUUAUGGGCUUCGAAACCAUAAAGAAAAGCCUUCCGAUGUAGAAGAUGCCUAUAUUGAACUCUCUUACAACGCAAGCAAUGCCAUGAAAAAAUAUGACAAUGAUACACUUUCUAAAAAAGUAAAUGAUAGCUGCACUUCUCGAAAAGAGAAAUUUGACAGUGACAUUAUAUUGGGAAAGUCUGAUGCCAAAAGGCCUCAGAGUAUGUUCAGUUCUAAUUUUGAUCCAUUUUUCUCAAAUUCUUUUCCUUUCAACUGUGAAAAAGCAAAAGCUGCUGAAAUUGAGCCUUACGUUGUGUUUGACCCCAGACAGCAUUACAGACACGAGCCCUCAUCUGCUCCAUGUACUGUUCCUUCGGGCAUUGAAUAUAUACAAAGUCUUUCCACUUCUUGCAACGAUAACCUUCAAAGUACAAAAAGAUGUAAUCGUGAUAUUAUGAAAGUGAUUCACAAACGACAUUCAUCAAUGCCUGUGAAAACUGACCUUUACUCCCCACCUGCUGCAUCUAGUUUUGCCCAGUAUACAGCACCUUCCAUAGACUCUUGUAAGACAACUUCCACUUCAUUGCAUGCAAAAUCUGCCUCAACAUCAACCUCGCCUGUCAGUUGUCCAACUGAAACUGAAAAUGCAGAGUAUUUUAAUUUGUCAUUCAGUCAAGCACCAGGUAGAAAUGAGAAACCUUUGAACCCAAUGUCAUGGUCAAACUGCCAAGAAGAGCAGAUAUAUAAGAAACCGUUGAGGCAGAGUAGUUGGCUGGUAGAUACAGAUGAGAUUUCUGCCAGUGAAAAGGAAUCGACAAGAUUGGAGAAUUCCAAUCAAGUUCUUUCUCAAGAAAAACUCUUUGAGGUUCCCAAAAUUGUUAGUGAAACUGGUUCAGAUGAAAGCCGACAGGAAGAUAGAAAUGUUGAUCAGUGCUCCGAAAUGAUGUCUAACAUGAAAAUAUUAGACCAGUCUAACCACAUGGCAGAGAAUUCAGAAAGUUUUGUUAACGUUGAGCGAAGGCCUUCAAAGAAAAGUGAUGGGGAAUGUUUCAGAUCCUCCAAAAGUGACAGCCACUCCUCUGAACAGUCUUUCAUGACAAAAAACAACAGUUGUUCAAGUAUUGCUUCUGACUCGGCACAACCGAAAAAGUCUGAGAGUUUGGGACUGCAGGGCCGUCACAGCUAUACAGAAGUUUGUUUGAUUCCACCCAUAGCAGGCAACCCUCUGUCUUCUUUAAAACAUAGCUCAAGCUGUGAGACGGAACUGAACUAUGCUUCUCUUGAACUGAGCUCAACAGAAACACUAACAGAAUGUUCAGACCUUCACCAGAAGUCUCCAAAUUCCAUUAAAAGUCGCCAUUCUUCUGGUGCUGAAGAAAAAAGUGUUUCACCUCUGACCUAUGUGGAGAUAGAUUUCCCCAAAACUGAAUCGCUUCAAAGACAAAAUUCUAAUCAAGAGGUGAAGUUUACUCUUUAACAUUGUCUAACAUCUGAUAGUUCGCUCACGUAGCAGCAAUACACAGAACACAGCUGGUGUUUGAUCAUGAUUUCACAGUGGGAUGUUGGUAACGUGAUUGAUUAUUGCAUUUACCAAUCUGCCUUGAUUGCUAUAUGCUUCCUAUGGUAAGCGCUCAAGACUCUGGACAUCUGACUGACCAGUUCUUUAAGGUUUAUAAAUAACUUGUAGCUAUUCUUUUGAGAAAUUGUUACAGUGUUUCUCAUGGACAGCUUUAUUAUGUUGUUUUUAUUUGACUUUUAAUUUUUUUUUUUAGAAAAACAAAUCCUUAACACAAACAGGUCCCACUUUUAUUGUCAUCUCCCUCCCUCUUCUUUCCAAUUCUAUUUUUAUCAAUUUGAAUUUUUUUAGCUUAAAUUUCAGUUUUCCUUUUUUUUUUGUUUUCUGUUUCCUCCAUAUUCCAAGUGUCUCUGUCUAUCUCUGUGCCCCUGUGCAAGUUUUUCUCUCCCAUCUCUGGAACUAAAACGGAAUAAUUUGUUUUAGGUUGUUUUUUUUUUCUUUUACAAAUAUUCCAUAUAAAAUAAAUUUUUGAUAUUACCAAUUUCAAGGUAAGAAGACAAGGGAACAGAAACUUUUGCCUACCCAAUCUGUUAGAUUAGGGUUCUCUGACGCCCACA